AUGUCGGGAAUAAAAACUCGCAUCUCAGACCCUGCGCCCCUCGACUAUGAAACUCCUCCCUUUCCAUCGCUCUACUGGCCGUUGGAUGCGAGGCCCGGAGUCGCCAGCUAUCUCUACUACGUCAAAGACAUCUGGCGCUUCACCCUCCUCUGGACGCUCAUCUUCUACGCCGCGUUCCACAUCGCAACCGCUGCACUCGCGGUGUGUAUGCAAGUAGGGAAGGGCAGGAAUGCCUUUAGAUGGGUCUGGAGUAUACCGAUCGCAUAUGCUGCGAUUGCGGGGAUUGAGGCGGUGCUUGCUGGGAGCAUUGUUGGUUUGAUAUUGGGCGCGGUUUACGAUGCUGGUUACUUCCGCAUGUCGACGUGGAUACCCCUCGUAUGGUCUCUGAUCAAUGUCUUGGUCUUGAUUCUAUCGGCCUUCUCUUUUCAAGGCGCCCUAUGA